AUGAGACCGAGAAGUCAGGAUCAGAGUUUGUCAGACUCCAGAGAGUUGGACAGAUCUUACGACCCGCUCACAGGUAAUCCGCCAUCCAAACCCAAUAAAAAGACCCUAAAGCAGCGGCUUCUCAAACUGCUGCUCUGCUGUCGCUCUGGCUCCGACCCAUCAAUCGAUAAACGCAACAUAACGGAGGAAGGUGAAUUGGCAACAGUGUGUUACAGACCAGAGGGACUCGACCGUCUUGUGCAACAGACCAGCUUCAGCAAGAAAGAGCUGCAGGUUCUCUACAGAGGAUUCAAAAACGAGUGUCCAAGUGGCGCAGUGAAUGAGGACACGUUCAAAGGCAUCUACUCCCAGUUCUUCCCUCAGGGAGAUUCAAGUAUGUACGCACAUUUCCUGUUUGAAGCCUUUGACACCCACAACAACGGAUCGGUCAACUUUGAGGAUUUUGUCAUAAGUCUGUCCAUUAUCUUAAGAGGCUCCAUCACUGAUAAACUCAACUGGGCCUUUAAUCUUUAUGAUCUGAACAAGGACGGCUGCAUCACCAGAGAGGAGAUGACAGAUAUAAUGAACUCCAUCUAUGACAUGAUGGGGAAGUACACUUACCCCUUAAUGAGGGAGAAUGCACCAAAAGAACAUGUUGACAACUUCUUCCAGAAAAUGGACAGAAACAACGAUGGAGUGGUCACCAUUGACGAGUUUCUGGAGACGUGUCAAAAGGAUGAAAACAUCAUGCAGUCCAUGCACAUGUUUGAUAACAUUAUCUAAACAUUGUUGGACAAAGACAGAAGAGAGAUUUUCCAUUUCUGCUGCAGUAACAAACU